GUCUCAGUGAAUCUCGGAGAAAUUAGAUGUUUCAUGACGGAUAACUUAAGUUGGUCGUUUCUAUCGAGAUGCCGGUGGGAAGAUUUCCAUUCCGCCGUACUUUCGAGUUUCUUUCUUCCGGAAAUUUGGUACUCAAGUCGAAUGUUAAAACAGUUCUGAUAAACUACACACAUUGCAAGGAAAGCCUUGGGCUAAGGUAUGCCAAGAUCAAUUUUCAGUAUUCUUAUUUCAGGUACGGUAAAACGGGCGACAAAAACGUGCAACUUGUUCUGCAACAUUGCUGCAAAACGAGUUGGAAAGCGAUGUUGCGCGUUUUACCACCCACGAAUCAAACAUAUGUUGCAUGUACAAAACAGGCUGUUCCGACCACCGGUAGCCCAAGUUCUAUGAGUCUGCUAGACUGCGAGCAGUCUCUUAUUUUUCCUUGCAAAGUUACUGCACGCGAAACCUAAGCACGCGUGGGGCGAGGCCGCUUGUCGCGAGAAACGAGGGCGUAACCCGAGAGGAAAAAAUAAGAGACUGCUGACUCUUUUGUUCUGUCUGGGGACAACGAAGCUGUCAAGAAAAUUUAAUUAAUCAAUUAAACCCGAGUAGCUUGAAGCGAUUUAUCAACAGAACAUAAACAACUGAAAAAAUUGCACUUUCUUUCAAGCCGGUAAGAUUGCCUUGAAUUCGUUUCCCUUGAGGAAAUUUACAGCAGUUUCCUUCUGUAAGAUGUCCUUGAAAGUUUUAUUACUGAGGUUACUGCUUGGUUCGCUAUUGUUUGCAGUUGGUUGUGACACGUGACUAUUUUUAUUGCUUGCAAUCUCACCACAGACCAGUCAAUGAUCUGUCAACUGCUGUGCAAUUGACCAAUCGGUUACUCUGUUUCUGGGCUGACAGAGGGUUUGUUUACUACGAAAGAGUCAGCAGUCCAUCUUUUGUUGUCUCAUCUCAAUCCAUAAAUAAUAACAUUGUGGUUUGAAAUUGCGCUGGAUGAGAUAAGAACUGGACAGAUUUUCAGAGAAAAGGCAGACUGCAAGCAGUCUAUGAGUCUGCUGACCUUUGUAACGUAAUUCCUGAGCGUUGUAAUGAUAUUUUGCAAUAACAAAAGUUUAAGGGUUUGUGUGGGAAAAAAUAUGGAUUUCUAUGGUAAAAUUUAAAAAGCUGUGGUUUUGUCAUGCACAAGAAAUUUCUCAACUUCCAUAGCGAACAAGGAUGCAUAUAUAGUGGGCAUUAUCAACAAAAUGAUCCAGACAGCCACGACAAAGCCCAAGAAAAAUCCCCACAAAAUAAUCAUCUGAAAGAUCUUCCUCUCCCAUCGCCAUUUUUUAAGUUCAUUAGCUGUUGAGGUAGAUAAAAUAUUGAAAAAUUGACCAAAAUGUAUCAUACAGAGAGCAAAUUGUCGCCCAUGUUGUUCUCUUGCUAAAGCGAGUCACCACAGGUAGCCCAAGCUCAAAAUAUGAGCAUCAGCAAGCAUCGGCAUUGUUGCGUAACAUUCGAAGUAUAAGGAUUUGUAUGGGGAAAAAACCUAUCAUUUCUGUAUCCUACGAAAAUGAAAGGAUCUCAAUAAAAAAGCAGCUUACCUUUACUUAAAAUGUGUGUUAUGUCUCUCCUGUGUAGUCCAUGGACCGAUUUAUUGCCGUUUUAUGGGUUUUUAUGUAAAUGGUUGUUUCUGUUCAUAUAAGGUUUACCAAGGUUGGGGACUCGGCCGUAAAUUCACUCCAACAGAUCCAAUUGCCUCCAAAUUCCACCUAGGUAACACACGACAGCUCUGCUUUCCAUUCGUGAUCUUUCUUCAAGAUGCAUUUGCACUGAGAGUGAAUCAAAGGUCGCCAGUCUCUGCAAACCUUCUCGACUGAAGCCAUUGACAGAACCUAUAGUCUGAACUCUGCGUUACCGUUGAAAGAUAGCUACCCACCCCGAGUGUCCUCUCCAACAGUCCUCUCCAGUCCUCCUCCUCCUCCUCUGAAGGAGGUCAACACUACAACAAUGCAGGAAAAAGAGUAAACAGCACACCACUGCAAAAAAAAAUUGGCAAAACAGUGAUACCACGACUAAUUUUUUUUUUUUUUUUCGGGAACUCCAACGUCCACCACUUUAUACAAGGCAGGAGUGAACACCUUAAUUUUUUAAUCAAUUCUUUUCUCUUCCCUUAAUGUUGCCAGAAAUUUCAUUUACAAGGAUAUCCCUCAGAUUCAAUUCAAGAAUCAAGGAGUUCAGAUCAUGACGACAAGAAACAAAUCAAAUAUUCCAGUGGUAAAUGUAUUUUUUGGUAAGUACUGUAUUCAUUGUUUUAGACUAUACAAUAAACACCUGCAAGAAUCUGCUUUUUUAAAAAGUCAAGCAAAAUAGUUCCUUGUAUUUUGGGGUACUUAUUGGCAAUUUAGGCUAAGUACAGGUUCUUGAUUAGGUUUCUUAAUUUUUUUUAUGAAAGAGAUAAUAGAUUAAGUUAUGAAUAUUUGAAAAUCAUAUAUGUGAACUGUGGAGUGUAGAAUUAUAUGAAGGAAGAUCAUUGCAGUUAUAUAUGCAACUUUUGCACUUGCAAAAAGAAAGCCUGAAAAAAAAAUUCAGGCUUGUACGGGAUUCGAAUCCUCGACCUCUGUGAUACCGCUGCAGCUCUCUAUAGCUACCAAUUAAGCUAAAAAGCCAACUGCAAGGAAACUAGGGGAUCCCUGAGAAAUUCUGAACAUUUAAGUACUCUAGGAUGCAAUCUGGAGCAAUCUGAACACUAAAAUUUGGCAAACAUCAGGAUUUCAUUGUGGUCAACGAAGUAAGAAAAUUAAAACUUGAUGACCUUUUCCAACUUAGCAAAAAAAAACUUACCGGUAUAUAGUAUCAAACUUGAAGACUUUUGUAGAAAAUUAUCAAUUGUCAGUUUGUUUAUGCUACCAUUGAGAAAGCGAUUUUGCCUGUUAUUUUUUAUGUUUAAACAAACUGAUUUCCAAUGUCUGCCGUGUUCAAUUAGCCAGUCAUUUGCUGGUGAACGUGGAUAAUCAUGGAGUGAUUCAAUCUUUUUUUGUGACGUAGUUGUUCGAAGAUACUGGUCUUGAGCCUUCCAAGAGCAGAGGCCAAGCACUCACUCACAGCAUUCGUGGCAGGUACAACAAGAAGUAUUAAACUUCACAAGUUUAAAAACUUCUGAGAAAUAAUCAACAGCUGCACUGGGGAGGUUUCUCAGAUAUGCCACCACCUCAUUCAAUCUCUCUCAGUACCAAGCUGUGCUCUGAGAGUUUGCUGCUUUUACAUGGCAGCAGCGAAUUACACUCCAAGUUGUCUCCAUAAAAAUCACCAUCAGAAUCAAGAUCCUGUACUUCUAAAAUCACAGAAUACUUCUUUUACGAAUUCUAAUACAUUAAAUGGCCUCAUACAGUGUCUGAUCAUCUGGUCCAAGGAUCUUAGCUUGCCACACUAAAGUAUAUCUCAGUUUGCGCGAUUUUGAGUUGUCCCAAAGUUGAAAGUUGGAGGGCCCUACCUGCCCCACAUGUAGCGCCGCCCUAGACUGGGAUUGUUGAUUAGUAGAAAAAUAAAUAAUCUUGGUUUUGGUCCUUAAAAUACAAUAUUUAUUCAUAAUAAAUUGUAUUAUUGUGAAAGGUUGAGGAGUCAUUUCAUAAGUAGGUUUGAGUAUGAUCGUCUUGGUGAAUGUAGUCCUGAAAAGGACGGUUGUUGACAGUGACAUACAUUUCAAAAACCCUAUUAACAAAUUUAAACUGAUUACCAAAUUUAUAUUCAGUUUAUUUACGAUCUCAAAGUUACACUCCCUGAUUAAAUUUUUUAUCACAUAAAUCCAAAUAUACGAGACUGCUUGAUCUUGCUUGGCCAAACAGGUUUUUGUAUUUUGGGCUAUCAGUAUUAGCGAAGCUUUUGCAGAUGCAAAGCGCACACAGGGGAGUACCAUUGGUAACAAAAAUCUAUGCAUGCAAGAAAUUUUUGCUCUGACAAAAUCAUCCAUAUUUACAUCCAUUUGUAUGUCCACACCUUCAUUUAAGCGGAUGCAGGAGCCCAUAACCUGGAGCGAGCAACUCCCAUACAAGGGGUAUGUCACAGCCUUUUUACAGACCAGUUUAUUUUUAGACACAUUUUAGGGUUACUUUUCCCUGCGAAAUAGAAUCUCCACCUGUCUAUGAGAGCAUUUGAAGUAUAAGAUAUCAAAAAGGAAAACUAAACUAAUUAUUAAAAGGCAAAAAGUAUUAUUUUUUAAUAGGUCUGUAGGUUUUGCUGACCGGUUUAUGGAUUUUAAAAAAUAUUCAAAAUUUGCGCGGAAACUGUUCUAAAAAUAAACUGGUCUGUUAAAAAACACAGUGACUCGAACGCAUGUAAGUUGCUUGCCUCGGGUUAUGGGCUCCUGGCGGAUGUGAAAUGUCACACUUGCUUAGAGCCAGCCAAGGCAUAUACUAUUUGAGUUUAACUAGGUAUUGGACAUCCCGAGUCCAUGUUAUGGUCAAUUGACAGUUGUCAAAAAAGGUAUCUACUGACCAGUGUCACAUGACUGUAUCGUGGGCUCAGGUAUACAACUCAUUGAGGUGACAUAAAUUUUAAUGUUAUCUGCUGACCAGUUAUUGGUUUACAAGUGAUUGUGGGCUCAAGUCCAUUUUUUAAGGUGGGAAUUCUGUUUGCUUUCUGCUUACGGCAAAAGUUGAAUUACUUGGCCUUGGCUAAAUCCAUAUAUUAAAGAAGCAAAUUUCUGCUAGGAGGUUCUAAAUCCAUAGGGUCUUAUAAUUAUGCAGGUGUCUACUGUAUUCCUUGACUAGCUACCCUUCUUUAUUACCAUCAUUUACAUGUAUUUAUACCAGAAAUAAGUACAUCGUAAACCCACACAAAACUUGAUAUGGCAAUCAAGUCAAGCCUUACCGAUCAGGGGUACAAACUGGAUGGGUGACCUGCUGCGAAUGUUGUGUUUUGAGGACUCCUACUUGUUUCUUUACUUUUCCCCCACUUUAUUACCAUCAUUUAUUUACUAAGCUAUGAUAGCAAUGUUGUUGCUUUACACUGUAUUUGAAAGUCAGGUUUACAAGUGACUGAUAUUUGCAUUUUCUACCCUAAGGGGACAGAAGGAAAGUGAUGAUUGAUGUGGAGGGAAAAACUGGUCCUGAAAUACUGGAGAUAUUUGGCAAAGUUGCUGGAGCAACAGAGAGGUAAAGUACCUUGUCUUUCAAAGAUCCACAUAUCUUAAGUACAUGAAUUUCUGCUUUUCAGUCUGGCUGGGUAUUAUGAUUAUUAUUAUCAUCAUCAUCAUUAUCAUUAUUUAAUCGGCACUUUGGGAGUGGUUUCACGGUGUUAAUUGCUAAGACCGAUGCAAGCAAAAUCCUGCAAAAGAAAUAAUUACCAAUUAUGAAAUUUGGCUUUCAUAGGAUGUGAAGAAUUCUGCACAUCUUGGAGAGUGUGGCCAAGGCGGAUAACACCCUCCGAGAUCUGCAGAAUUCUUCAUAUCCCACGAAAGCCGACUUCAAUGUUAUUGCUUUAUUAUUCCUUCAAAAUAAUUCCAAGUUUAAAUUAAAACAAGCUAUUUAUCAUGCUAACCUUGGUUGAUGUAUGUUCAUCUAUAAUGCAUUUUUAUCAGGAAGUUUAGGAGAUAAAGGUCUGUUAAGUGCUGUAAAUAUGCUCCAAAUAGCAGAUGUCGUCCGUCUUCAUGCUGUUCUUACCAUAAACAGCAUGUUCUUACCAUGUUACCAUGUUUUUAGACAGUAUUUUGCGGUGAAACGAGUAAACGUUCCACCAACUGUUCCGCCAUUUUUGUUCUAACAACCAAAGCAACUCAAACUCCUCCCCAUGUUUUCACGAUCAACAGUUCAAUAACCUGCAACCAGGUUGCACUUUUGACAUAAUUUUGAAGUCAUUGGUUCAAUAUGGCAAAAUUCUUUCCAAAUUUGGUCAACAGUAGCUGGUUAUGGUGAAUUAUGCCUGCGGUUUUAACCAAUCAGAAACGGGGAAAUAUUUUGAAUGAAUAAUAAAAAAAUAGAUUACAUGCUCUGCAAAAUCUCUCUGGUUAUUGAGUCGUGGUAAUUACUAAAAAUGACUACACUUGCGGUACCCAGGGUUCAAAAUAGCAGCCAGCACUUUAAACACUUGCCAGUAACUUUUCACGAAAGAAAUAGAAAAUGUCAUGCUUUGAUCACCCAACUGAAAUUGAUGUCACUGUAAUGUUGUAGUAAACAUUUCAUAUCAGACAAUAAAGCAGCGUUUUACAGUGAGUAGAAAGAGUAGAAAAAGUUUUGGAAAUUUAAAGCGUGUUGCAAACGUUGAAAAAAAGAAUUCUCGUUUACCAUGAACGACUAAUUCUUUUACGUGUUUUUCAAGAGUGAAUGAUGCAAGUUUGUCUUGACAAACGGUUGCGUUACGUCAUUAAUGUUUCGGCACAUGUAAUUAGGAAUUAUUUUGCACAAAAACUUGUUUAGUGCCAUUUGUGAAACCUUUUCACUCGUUCAGAUUACUUAAUAUGUAUUUCUGGCAAUCAGUUUUCAUGUAUGUGAUCCAAGAGUUGUUACCUUUCAAAUUCGUGAUACUGAUAUUUAUUGAUAUUGAUCUCCCAAAUAAUUAUAAGUUCUAUGAACGUGUUUUCAUGAAUUCCGUUGAUAUUGUUCCCUGUGCAUUGAAUGUUUAAUUAUUUUAACGGCUGUCAGUAAUAAAUCAUCACACUGUUGACUAUUGACGGAACAUGCUCAAAAAAAUAAGCCUUGACAAAAAAAUACAACGGAUUCAGGCUAAAAGCUGUUAUUUUAUUUUGGAUGCUGGGUACCACAGUUUAUGUGGACAGGACUUGAUGAUAGUCAUGAUUAACAAGUCUAUCAUACACUACUAAAUACAGAACAAUUCAUUAGGGUUUUCAGGGUCUUUAUUCCUAAGACUAGCUAGUGCACACAAAAACCCUUCAAAGACCCCCAAGGAAAUGACAUGUACUAAGGAAUAGCCUUAACUUGGGUGAUAGCAUAGUUGCCUUAUUGGAUUUCUUCAUGUAUUUGUUGUUUUACUUGAUCGCGCUCUUCCAUUGAGGUCACUGAGUGGUACUUUGUCACCUGUACUGGGUGACAAGCUUCUCUGGAAGGGAUGAGUUCCCUUGCAGAUUAAUUGCUAUAGGCCAAGGGUCAUGUCUAAUUGUGUCCUCAUUAGACUUUGAGACUAGCAAUAGGGUCUCCUAAAUGUAGAGGUCCUGUGUAGGCAAUAUACCAACUGGUUCCUUUUUGAGUCCAUUCCGUUUUAACCUUAAGUUCUCAAAAGGAUACCAUUGAAAACAAAAUAAAUAUCCUUCACUGCAAAAGCUCUCUGCUUGUUGUGUCCAUUUAUCCUUACAAAUGACUACACUUGUGGUAUCGUGGUAUAUAUGCCCCCCCUUCCCCAUCCACAGCCUGACCCUGAGCAUUUCCUGGUGAAUGCGGAAGGUUAUGAUUUAGUUUUUCUUUCUUCUUUUUUCCUGUUUUACAGGGAGAAGGAAGACAGGGCAAUGCCAAAAUACCCUGGUCGUCACAACCCUGCAAAUUUUGGCAAAUACGGCCAUUGCUACUGCAUCUGUGAAAAACCAGGCCAGGCACCAUGCCCUAGCCGUGUGCCACACCCUGAUGCAAAGAAACCAAAAUGGUGGCAACAAAGAGGAGAAGCAGCGCAAUGAUGCACAAGUUAAGAGUAGGAACCCCCAAUGACAUGCAGUGCCCUUGGGAGGAGUUAGGUGUCAGUAUUACCAUUUCCAUGCACUCUGAGAAGCAAGGAAUUUAACUUGAACAAAUAUUGUAGUCCAGCUGUUAUCGACCAAAAAUAUAGCGAAUUGUUCACUUUUAUGAUAAAAGCAUGAAACUUUGCCAGAUAACAACCGACCCUAAGACUAACAUUUUUUGAUAUGGAGCCAAGCCAAAUUCAACACUGGACACGAGUACUGCGCAGGCCCUAAAAUGGCCUACAUGAAAACGAGGCUGACAGUGGAAAUGCUUCUAAAUUACCGGUUUUUCAGUGUUUUGGUAAAUAAAACUUCUAGAUAUCGUGGAAGAAGACAUUUGCUUUGCUGUCAUGUUAUCUUUGGUGUCACGUGACCCUUUCUUCCAAAUAUGGCGAAGCCGUUGUUGGGUGUCCUGUGCUGGGCUGUCUUCUGUGCAUUUGUGAGUUUUAAAGGAAGAGAAUGGGCACUGAUUCACACAAUUUUAAAUGAUAACACUCUUGCAACUUUUUUUCCAAUUGUCAAGGGUGGGAUUUGUUUUCAUACAGAUGUCAAUUACCACAUGAAAACAAGGCAAGAAUCUUUUAAACUGUUUGAAAAGCCUCCAGUUAGCACUGCGUGCGGUCAUUUGAGGGUGGAUUCAGAUAACAUUGCAUAAAAGCUUGCACUAAUCAAAAAUUGUGAUUGUAUGGCACUCUGGCUGUUGUUUUCCAUCUAAAUGUAGAGCGCCGCUCAAAAACAAGGCAAAAAUCCUUUUGAUGAUCUUAAAAGCUAGCCUCCAGUUUCUUGCCUCCACGUUCGGAUACUGCAUUAAGCUAUUAAUAUUCAAAUGAACAAAUGAAUCGUUCAGGGAAUUCUCCUUUCAUUAUUAACAAAGUCAGUUACAAGGUUCAGUGCUGAAUCCAGGAGGUGGCCCAGCCCAAAUAGCUCUCCUCCCUUAAUUUUGAAGAAAUGCUAAUUUGAUCCUUUCAAGUUGAAAUUAAUAUUACCAGUUGUUGCUUACAUUAAAUGCAUGAGAUAGAACAGUCUUUGAGGUAAAAAUGAACAGGUCAUGCAGGAGCAAGCGAUCGUGCCUCCCCAUAUCUCUGUUAUGCCUAAAAACAGAUGACAGGAUAGUCUUGUAAAGACCAUUUCUGAGAUAUGCAAUUUAAAGCUACCAAAUUGAUAUUCCUUUAAAUUUUAUAUUAACACAUGAAAAUAUAAAAAAGAUGAUCAAUCUGAAUGUAAUAAAAAGGGCCGUGUUUCUCCCCGUUAAGGACAAGAAAUCAAGCCUUUCAAACUCAGCUCGCUUACAGAAUGUCGAGCGCUUCAAAGUUGUUGCUACGCAUGUCCUCAAGGCAGAGUAUAUUUAAAGUGCAUGUUUAUCCCUUAUAAUUGAACAACAACUGAGCUGCUUGAAAUAAAUGAAGGAAUUAGCUUAACUUUACUCAUAUUUCUAACGGUAAUCUUUAAUAAUAAUAAUAAUAAUAAUAAUACUUAUAUGGCGCCGAUAGCAAUACUGCUAUUUUCAUCAAGAAAAUUUUCAUUGCCCCGGGCGAGCAUGGUUUCUCCUUCUUCCAAGUGAAAUUGUUCACUGGAAGUGUAACUGUGCUGCUCACUAGUACGUCAUUAAAAAUUAAAAAAAAAAAACUACAAUAUUUUAAAACCGUACAGAAAUGAAAUCCAUGGUCAUGUACUCAUCUAAGCCGAGAAAAAUGUUAUCUUUUUCUGCUAAUGUCAACGUUUUGUGCAUCGAUCCAGCCACAGAGAAGUUGACCUUUUAUGCGACAAAAAGUUCCAAAUCAAAGGAAAAUAGCCAAACAUCCAACCAAUACAGCUGGUUUCUAUCGCUAAUUUUACACCCACAAGUGAGUUUUCAUGAGUUUUCUACUACAGACAUCAAAGGGGAGUUAAGAGUGUAUCCUCAACAGACCAGUUAAUCAGAAACUAAUAACAAAAAUGGAAACUGCUGAAAAAAUUAAAAUGCUAAGGAUUUGCAGUGGGUAGGAAGAAAUUCGUAUGGGGUUUUGUGACUUGGGAGGCUUUAUUAUCCCACUCAACCCUGAGAUCAUUGUUCUCAAAGCAGCCGAAUAUACAGCAUGAUAAUCUCAUCAACGAGCCACUUAUUUCGGUAGACAGGCUGCUUGGGGUAUUUGGCGCCAUGUGUAAUGACAAAGAUUAGCUUCAGCUCAUACUCUGCGAGCUUCAUAUUGUUCAAAAUGUUCAGCAGGCAGUUUACCGGUACCAGAUGAACAGCAGCUCAGUGACACAACUGAGUUGAAAAGAAGGGUGUGGCUCAUUCAUUGCUUAUAUAACUGCAAGUCAUCUUAUUCAAAAUGACGGUAGGUGCAUGCAAAGCAAAACAGAAACACCCUUCUAAAAUCGGUGAGGAAUAAUAAUCGAAACAGUGAAAUCUUUCCAUGAAGGAGAAGAUGGGAAUUCAAAUGGUGAAACGAGAUUUUACUAGUGUCGUAGAUCCCUACUCCUAAGAAAAAUUAUUCCGCAUACUUUAAAACUGUGCUGCACACAUCCCACCAAACAUAAGUUAACGCUCUUGCGUCUUGCUUGCGUAAACUGAAACAGACUGACAAUUACUUCGUGGUCCAGACAUUUCAUAUUAGUUUGAGUGAUCAUCAACAGUUAAAUCAGAAACCAUUCCACCAAUGAGGCGAUGCUAGUUAUUUUAGUUAUCAAUGUAUAGUAUGGACGCCAAAGAAAAUGAUGUCAGUGUCACGUGGGCGUUGAGUCCUGAUCAUGUCGGACAGACAUUUUUAACUUGCGUUUGCGUUAGCCUGCGAGCAAGCUCAUUCGGUUAACACCCCUCCCUCUUGCGUCUCCUUUUGCGUGCAGUUUGCACGUGACGUUUCACGAUAGCCCCAUAUAGACAGCUAGAACGUCGGCUGCACUUGUUUUUUCCUGGUUGACAAGCGUUAAGUGCAAACAAAAGCGUUUGGGGAAAUAGUAAGUUCAAUUGGUUUUUUCGGCUUGCACUUGCGUUUGUUUGUCCAGCCCUCAUUAUCUUCAAUAAAACAGGCAAGAAGUGAAAAAGAAGAUAAAGUGACCUUUAUAGUGUUUCCUCAACUCGAGAAGUGCUCAUGCAACAUAGCUGUUGAGCAGUGUAUGAAUAGGAUAUGUAUAGGGAACAACACUUCUGAGGCAAACAAGUCUAAAGGUUUUAAUUUUGACAAAGGGGUAUAUCGUGGCAGUUUGUGGUUAUGAACUCAUUAAAUGAAAGAAAAACUGCUUCUUUGGGACGGUGUCGAUUCACCAUUGGCAAAACUGGUGUACAUCCUACUCUUAAGAUACAGUGACAUCUACAACUAUCUUGUGGAUACAACCAUCAGAAAGGGGGGCUCUUCAAUUCCUUAAAUAUGGCAUUUUAAGGAAAAACUCCUGUGACUUUCGAUUGUCGUCUGUCGAGAAAAAACUCUGCAAAAACGCCGUGCAAUCACAAUUUUUGAUCCGUUCAGGCUUUUAGGCAAUGCUCUAUGAAUCUAACUCAAGAUGACUGCACGCAGGACUAACUGGAGGCUUUUCAAAACGCUGAAAAGAUUUUUGCCUCGUUUUCAUGUAAUGAUUUGCAUUUGUAUGAUAGAAAACAGUCCUCGAUAAUUGGACAUAGCUGCAAGAGUGUUAUCAUUUAAACUUUCCUCACCCCUUUAAAUGCCUCUUCUCACCCCUUUAAACGCACAAAUGUACAGAAGACAGCUUCAGCACAGGACACACAACAAUAGCCUUGCCAUAUUUGGAAGAAGGGGUCACGUGACACCAAGUAAAGCAUUGCAGCAAAGCAAAUGUCGUCUUCCACAAUAUCUACGACUUUUAUAUAAAGAAACACUCAAAAAUUAUAUUUUAGAAGGAUUUCCACGAACAGCCUCGUUUUCAUGUAGGUCAUUUUAGGGCCUGCGCAGUACUCGUGUCCAGUGUUGAAUUUUGCUUGGCUCCAUAUCCAAAAAUGUUAGUCUUAGGGUUAGUUGUAAUCUGGCAAAGUUUCAUGCUUUUAUCAUAAAAGUGAACAAUUUUGGUCGGUAACAGCUGGACUAUUGAGGAAUGCUAUUUCAAAGAAACAGAACUCGGAAACAAAAUGAAGCAGUGGAAAGGAUUACUUAUGGUGGCAUAAAAAAGCAUUUCGCACCAUACUUGUUGACCUUAGGUUAACUUCAAAAUAUCUUAAAGUUAUGAAGAAUAACCUUGGGUUCGGUAAUAGGGUUUUGUCGAGUAAUUUGAAAGCUCCCCAGCAAGACUUUCAAGAGUUUUAAAAUAGUAUUUCCAAAUUUAAAAAAAUCCGGAAAAUUUUCAUCACAGGUAGUACAUUAGACUUUCAAAAAUGUGCUUCUUUCUAUUCAAUGUGGCACAAGAAGGUGAUUCCACUCCCUUUACGGCUUUUUCUGAAGUUAAACUCGUGGACUAUUUAAGGCAUGUCUACAAACGUAAAACCUGUACCCAAAAAUUAUUAUUCAUUAAAAAGUAUCCAAAUAACUGAAAUUAUUUUCGGUUCAAUCACUCUUUUAAAA